AUGCCCGGACCACCGAACAAGCGCCAAAAGCGCGAUGACUAUCAGAAAGCGCAAGAAAAUCUCAAACUGAAGAGAACUGCCCAAGGCGGAAAUCAAGGUGAGAAAGGAAACGUCGUGCUGCCGCAGAAGAAGUUUUACCGACAGCGUGCACAUGCAAACCCGUUUUCGGAUCAUAUGCUUGAAUAUCCGCGGAGUCCGGCCGAGAUGGACUGGUCGACUCACUAUCCUGCUUUCAUUGGAGAUGCUGCGGUGACCAGCACUGAGACUGCCAGCUCGGGAAUCGCUGCCAGACAUCCAGAGGUGGAAGUUGCAGACAUCGGCUGUGGUUUCGGCGGACUUCUAAUGGCGCUCUCCCCGCUCAUACCGCAGACACUCAUCCUGGGCAUGGAACUCCGCAUGCAAGUGACGCAGUAUGUGAUAAACAAAAUCGUCGCACUACGAUCACAGCAUCACGACAAGGAGACUUCAAUACCCGGCACACCCACGCCAUACCAGAACAUCUCAGCCUUACGGUCCAAUACCAUGAAAUUCUUACCGAAUUACUUCCACAAAGGCCAGCUCUCGAAGAUCUUUCUGUGUUUCCCCGAUCCGCAUUUCAAGCAACGGAAACAUAAAGCCCGAAUCGCUUCGGCACAGUUGAACGCCGAGUAUGCGUAUGUGACAAGGCCUGGAGGGAUGGUCUACACGAUCACGGAUGUGGAGGAGCUGUCGCAGUGGAUGACGAAGCAUUUUGUGGGUGAGGAGGCGGGGGAUGCAAAAGAGUUGUGGGAGCGGGUGUCGCAGGAGGAAUUGGAUGCUGAUCCGUGUGUCAAGAUCAUGAGUGAGGAAACCGAGGAGUCGAAGAAGGUUACAAGGAAUGGUGGUAACAAGCACAUUGCUGUGUUUAGACGGAAGUCGAAUCCUGAUUGGCCUGAAUGA